UUUUUUAUUUUUAUAAUAGAUGAAAUCCCCCACAUGUCAGGUAGAGUCCGGAGUUCCAUGCUCAAUGAAUCCUAACCGGCCUUCGUUCCCCAUGAGGUGUUUGCACUGGACCGACCCGUCUCAGGUUUUGGCUUGACUCCCUCCAGAUUCAAGUCGUGCAAUAACGCUCUCUCUUAUUUUAAUAAAGCGAAUCUGCUCAGAUAUUCCUCCUCCGCGCUGCUGCAUGGUUGCAGGUUGCACCGAUGCUGGCCAUCAGGACAGUAUAAACAACAACAAAAAGAUCCAGAAUGAUACCAAUGAACAGCUGCACUGCCCUGUUGGGCCGAGCAGUCCUGCAGCGCUGCAUGUCCGGUCCUCCCGAGCGGACCGGCGCGUCACGUUUGAGGCUCCGCUCGGCCCGGGAGGACCGCGUUGUGGUUGCUUCGCGUGGAUCCCCAGUGUACCCAACAUUCUUUUGGAUCUAUAUUCUGUCAAAAAAAGAAUUUUAAAAAUGGGUACAAACCGGGAUCCUUUGAUAACGUUCUUCUGCUCCUUUCUUCUGUUUUUGGGAACGGGACUUGCAGAAUACGAUGCCGUAGAAGAGGAAGAAGUAGUAGAGGAAGUAGAGGUGGCCCCUGAGGCGGCUCCUGAGCCAGAGCCAAAACCAGAAGCAGAGGCUGAGCCUGAGUAUGAAGAGACCUUGGAAGAGGAAGAGGAGAAGCCAAAGUUCAAGCCGAGCGCUCCAAAGAUACCCGAUGGGGACAUAGUGGACUUUGAUGACAUGCAGAAGAAGCGUCAGAACAAGGAUCUGGUGGAGCUGCAGGGACUCAUCGACGCCCACUUUGAGUGCAGGAAGAAGGAAGAGGAGGAGCUGAUUGGCCUGAAGGACAGGAUUGAGAAGCGUCGCGCCGAGAGGUCCGAGCAGCAGAGAGUCCGCGCUGAGAAGGACAAGGAGCGCCAUGCCAGGAGGGAGGAGGAGAGGCGGAUCAGAGAGGAGAGUGACAUCAAGAAGAAGCAAGAUGAAGACGCAAAGAAGAAGUCGGCUCUGACCAGCAUGGGCUCCAACUACAGCAGCCACCUGCAGAAGGCCGACCAGAAGAGAGGAGGAAAGAAAGAGACUGAGAGAGAGAAGAAGAAGAAGAUCCUGUCCUCCAGGCGCAAGCAGCUGAACAUCGACCACCUGAACGAAGACAAGCUGAAGGAUAAGAUCACCGAGCUGCAUGAAUGGAUGACCCAGCUGGAGUCUGAGAAGUUCGACCACUUGGAAAGACUGAAGAGGCAGAAAUACGAGGUUACCACCCUGCGUAAGAGAGUGGAAGAGCUCAGUAAAUUCAGCAAGAAGGGAGCGGCCGCCCGCCGCAGGAAGUAGAGCGUUACGGAAACGCCCACCGCGAUCGCCACGGACACACGCCUGACGAAGCAACGCACGCGGCGGCGGCGAAGGUCGAGGCUCAGGAGAAGCCGGUAACGCCGAGGUGGACUUCAAACCCGAGACCCGGUUCACCAAAACCGAGGAGUCUCGAGCUGCUGUUCAAUCGGAAUAAAACUAAACAAAAAAAGAAAGAAAAAAACCUGUUUCGCCGUCACGCUUCCUCGCCCUCCGCUGUUCUUGGUUAUCAGAAAUUUUGUAAAUAAAGUGUAACUCUCCAAGCCUUGUCUGUAGAGUUGUUGUCAUUCAGAAACCAAUAAAGUUCAGUGUUUUCAGUC